AUUAUUAUUCCCAUUCCAGUUGGUAAGAAAAAGUCAAAUUGUUACGCGGCAGUGGUAAAAGUGCAAUAUAAUUUAAUUACAAACACGAUUGGCAUGCACGGGAUGCUUGUUUAAGUGGAAAGUUUUGGGAGCGCAUCUCAGACUCAAUCCAAAACCAUGUCCGACGACUUCGAUGGCUGCGAGUGCGUCUGGUCGCAAGAAUAUGCGAUGCAGCGGCUUAUCAACUUUAUACGCCAGAACCAGAAUGCCUGCACAGAUACCGAGUGCUUCGAUGUUUCCGGACGACCAUCGCAGCAGGCGCAGGCCACGGGCCGCGGUGAUGACAGCGGCUUCACCGUCGCGAUGAUCUUUCUGAUCGUCGCAAUGUUCAUGUACAUAUUGAAUCCGAGUACCUGGGGCAAUUUGACCAGCAGCAACAAGCGGGCCGGCGGCAGACGAGACAAUAAUCAGGACGGAUCAGGGCCGCCCCCGCAGCCUCCUCCGCCGGCCAUCAACUAGAUCACGGCGUUGAUCCUUGCUUCUGCCAAACCUGAGCUUCUCCAACACAAUUCGCAAUACGCAUUUCCUUGUUUUGUUAUUUCUCCGGCAAGUGAGAAACAAGAUUAUUCUCUAUGUCUAGAUGGCGGUUCGAACCAGAGCAAUCCAAUUGGUUAAUUCCUUCAGCACGUUUACACAAAUUAGAAAAAGUACACAAAUUAGAAACAUUAAACAUACCUUACAUUGUACAAAACACAAGACCGCACACAAAAAAAACAAAAAACACCGGCUUAUUAACUAACAUAUUUGGAAAUUUUUAAAAACAGACUUUGGAAAACAA